AUGGCCGGCGUUGCCCCAGGAAAGACCUAUACUCCCGGCUUGGACUUUUCCAAUCAGUCUUACAGCAAUCUCUCACAAAAGUUUGAGACUGAUGUCAAGACAGCUCACGACAUCAUUAGAGAAAAGCUCCCGCUUCUCGGCGAGCUCAAGGCCUUGCUCCAAAUCACAUUUGGCGACAAGCCACCGUUUUGGAUCGACGCUCGUUCUGGAACCGCCACCAUUCUCGAGUCUUGCAGCGACGAGCCCGACACGAAAUUAACCAUCAAGCCCGAGUACAUUUCGCAGUUUUAUGAGAACAAGCUCGAGCCUAGAUAUGGUCUCUUCAAGGAUGCCUUUUUCAACGAGGCUUCCAUGCCCCAGGGAAAGGUUCCCGUGGCCAUCAAGUUUGCCGACUUGCUGACUCCGGUCCCGCCCGUUGCUCCCAAGCACGCCGACCAGUUCCCUCGUCUGCCCGAGGCUACUGAAGACAUUGAGCAGGUCAAGCGGGAUAUCAAGGAGUUUGGUUACGGUAUUGUCAAGAAUGUUUUGUCGCCAGAGCAAGUCGCCAUCAUGAAAAAGGCCGUACAAGAACAGGCCGCUGGCGAGCGCGAGGCCGGCAUUGCCCAGGUGGACGGCGGCGCCACGGGCCCCAACCAGCGCAUCUGGACGCUCAUCAACAAGGGCGACGACUUUCUGGACCUGCUCAACCACCCGCUAAUUGACGAGAUGGUGCCCUGGUGCCUGGGCGAGCACGCCGUCAUCACGACCUACACGGCCAACAUUGCCCGCCCCGGCAACGUGCCCAUGCAGCUGCACACGGACCAGGUGGCCGUCCAGCCUCCCAUCCGCGACCUCGCCUUUGGCAUGAACAUGAUGUUUUACCUCGAGGACAUUACCGAGGCCAAUGGCGGCACCCGCGUGUACCCGGGCUCGCACAUUGGACCCAUUGCGCCGCCCGACAUUUUCACCGUCGAGGGCACCGUAGCCGCCGCGGCGCCGGCGGGAUCCUGUCUCGUCUUUGAGUCGCGACUAUGGCACGCCACUGGUCCCAAUGUCGAAAAGUCGGGCGAGCGACCCGUGAUUCUGCUCUUUUUCAUGCGCUCCUUUAUCCGCCAGCAAGAGAACAACUUCUUGUCUCUGCGCAAGGAUGUCUGGCCCAAGUUGUCGGACCGCCACAAGCGCAUGCUCGGCUUCUACACCACUGGCGCCCUCGGCGGCGUUGAUGGCGAGGUCAGAGAGGGACUCUUUGUCGAAUGGAAGGAGGGUGUUGGUAAGAUGCGUGCCCCUCACAAGCCUCUGGCCUAA